AUGAUUCACAGUCUUAAACAGCAAAAAGGUGGGAAAACCCGCGUGGGUUGUAAGGCUGGAAGUCACAGCGACGUGGCCUCGCAAAAGGCGCCAUCAGAAGCACCCUGGCCGGGUGGUGAAAAUGUAGAAGAUGUUGCCCCAUCGUAUGGGCGGGCUGCAAAUGCUAUACAUGCACAAGGCGAUGUUGGUGCAUCACAGGAACCAGCAGCAGAAGCACCCCGGCUGGGCGGUGAACAUGUAGAAGAUGUUGCCCCAUCGCAUGAGCGGGCUGCAGAUGCUAUACAUGCACAAGGCGAUGUUGGUGCAUCACAGGUACCAUCAGCAGAAGCACCCCGGCCGGGCGGUGAACAUGUAGAAGAUGUUGCCCCAUCGCAUGAGCGGGCUCCGGAGAGACCAGCAGACAGCAACAUUGACAUCGAAGACAGCAACCAGUUCUACAGCAAUGAGAAGUGGAAGGUUGACAGGAACAAGCAGCUCAAGACAUGUGCAAAGUGGGCGGCUAGUGAGGAGAUUGCAGCUGCAGCCAAACGAGGCUUAGCGCUCAACUCCUCCAAGCUGGCAGACCGAAGUGCAUUGGAGGUGAUCCCUAUGAGAGCGCUGAUGAAGGAAUGCAAGUUGAUGGGCCUUGAUGUCUCGGGUCUCUACGCCAAGUGCGAGGUCAUCAAGAAACUGCUGGCGGAAUUGAACCGGGCUGCAGAAGAGCAGCUGCGUUUCAAGAUGAAGGAGGAUACACCGUGCACGAAUGAAGAGUUGCGAGGUGAUACCCAGAUUCCCAAGGAUCUCGAGGCAGAGCUUCUUCCCCAGCCAACGGGUCCUCCCAUUGCCCUGUCUCCAUUCCCCAAGGCGGUUCCAGAGCCGGCACGGCCUGUGGAUCCUCCGCCGGACCCCUUUGAAUUCCUGGGAAACCGAGUGGUGGAGGAGGAGACUACUGCGCAAGAUCCGCCCCAUGUAGACCUGGAGAGUGACGUUGAAGAAAUCGAGCUGGAGGCCAGCCCAGAAGCAACGUCGCCACACCAGGAGGUUAGGAAACCACCAGCUGUAGCACCGGAGGUCAUCCAGGAAGAAGUCCCGAGCUGCGGGGCGGACGGGGCGGACGUGGUUCCCGAGGCGGCACCACGACCGCGGGCCUCUAUCUCUGAACUUUUUCGGCUUCCCCUGGAGGAUCUGCUGUUGAGGUGCGAAGCCGAAGGCAUCAACGUGGUGCCUGGAGAGUCCAAAGGCAUGCUGAUUUCAAGGCUGAAGCAAGCCAUGUCCAGAUCCACAGAAGCAUCGCGCAGUGUGGAAGAACCAGAUCCGCCCGUGCCGCCAGCUGCUGAGACGGACACGGUAGCGGCAGCAGCUACCGCAGUUCCAAGCGCGGGGCCUGUGCCCAGCCUAGGGCCUCAAGUGUUUCACAUGGCUUCAGAUGAAAGUCAGGAUGAAGGUGCUGGGGAAGAUUCAGAUGGCGACUUUUUCCCUGACUUCCCAGUUCGCAAAGAGCCGGAGGCGUCAGCCAACUUGGAGGAAUCGAGCUGGAUGGCGCAAGAUGUGAAGAUGGCGGAUGACGCUCAACCACAGACCCAGGCAGCUGGUGAGGAAGAACCGCAGCAGCAGAGGUUUGAGAAUAGUGAAGGGGCAUCCACAUUCUCAGCACAGCCUCCAGUUGCACCAGAGAAGCUGUCCGAACCAGAGCCUGCAUCAGCGCAGCCUCGAGCUACCCCUCCAGCAUCAGAUCCGGACCCAACGUUGUUCACAGAUCCUGAGAAGGAUGGUGAUCAUGGUGCCAGUUCCAGCGAACGUGACGGGGGCAUGUUCGACUUCGAUGAUCUCGAUGAAGCCGAGGUGCACGUUACACCCUCCAAGCAGACCAACUCCGAUGGCCCCUCCGCCGCGCCCAUGGCUGAACCCAUCGCCCCUUCCGUCAGCGCCCGUCCCGUGGUGGACCCCGUGGCGGACCCCGUUGUGGAGCCCGCUCCGGCGGCGGAGGGUCCUGAGACCCAGCCAGCCAAGGCAGAAGAGGUGGGAAGCCAAAACGAUGACGACGGUUUGAAGAAUCCACUGCUGCGGUUUACAACCAAGGCAGGGUCGAAAGCUGUGUUGGUAUGCCCAACAGAUUCGAGGAUCGUGGAAUGA